AUGUCUUCUCUAUCGUCUUCAGCCCCAAAUCGGAACACACUGAACCAGCGUGCUUCCAGAGCGAGGCGGAAGACGUACGUCAGCGACCUGGAGCGCAAGGUGCGGGAUUUUGAGGCCCACGGCGUCAAAGCAACCGAAGAAGUCCAACGAGCCGCCAGACGGGUUGCCGACGAGAAUCGGUUGCUGCGGGAACAGAUCCACGCCCUGCGAACCAGAAAUGCCGAGCUCGAGGCGCUUCUGGCCGCCGGAUCCCUUGCGGCGGCGGCGGGCACGCACCGGAGCAGCUUGCCAUAUUCCUACGGCCAGACAAGCAUGGCCAGCAAGGAAACCGAACAGCAAUAUCCGUCGCCCCCGCAAAUAUAUGAAGCGGCGGCGAUGACGACGACAACCACGACGUCGACUGCCGUGAAACCCGAACGUGAUCUCACGAGUGCUGAGAUUUUGGCUUCCGCCUCGUCAUACGGGACGUACCCUCGUUUCCUCGGCCACCACUCGUCGAUAUCGUCAAUGACAACACCACACGACGAGACUUCGAGUUUCCUUGGUCCAGUCGGCGUCGGAAGAAGCGGAAGCCGAUCUGCCUCGCCGCCAAUCUCCGACGACGGCACGGUCGACAUGGACAUGAACGAGGACGACGACGACGAGCAGCAGCACCUGCCGUCCGGCGCAGCGACACCUCAUAGACAUGAAUUUAAGGCCGCGUCAUAUGCAUCUUUCAGCCAGACCGCCUCGACGACGACGACGCCGAAUCCGAGCCAUGGUCGCGGUGGUCAUGAUCACAACGCCAACGCGGGUGCUUCAUGGUCAAACAGCACGUCAUGCGCCCAGGCGGCGAUGAUCAUAGCGAGCAUGCGCGGCCUCCCCUCGACCGACGAAUGCAUUGCCUCGGAGAUUCUGUCUGAACUCGGAUGCCAACCGGCUACUGGUGGUGGUGGUGAUGGUGGUGUGUCGAACGGUAACGCGACUGGGACUGGGAGAAAUGUGAACGGGAACAAGACUUUAUUAUAUCCCAAGGAUACGGACGCGGGUACGAAACCUUCUCUCGCCUCAGACUGCUCGAAGCACUGUGCACAACAGGAUCUUCAAAACUGCCACGUCGAUAAUAGCAGAUUAUUCGGAAUCCUCGAUCGGGAAAGAGGAUUUACAUGA